UGUUUCACUUUCCUUUCACCUCAGGACACACGGGAGAGCUAGAGAGGGUGGAGAGCUCCUCUUCCUUGACCAGACUGGGCAGCCCGGUCACGGGACUGGCCUGGUCUCUGUGACUGGAAAAAGGGGCGUUUCUAGGGUGCAGAGAGCUAGUUUUGGUUGGAUGUGGGAGUGGGGAAAUUGAGGCACAGGGGGCGGGGGCAAGCAGUGGGAGAUCACCAAAGGGCAAACUCAGGGUGGGGCAAGCUGGUGCUAUUCCAGCUAGGUGGGGUGCAAAGGCCACAGAGGACUGAGGGCCCUCUCUGUGUCCCGGAAUAGCCAUGGCUCCAAAGCGCAAGCCUGGGGUGCAACGUGAGGGCCCUGAGAAGAAGAAGGGGAGGCAGGGGGCAGAAGAGGAGGACAGUUUCCGCUCCACUGCUGAGGCCCUCAGAGCUGCACCCACAGAGAAGCGCAUCAUCCGAGUGGACCCCCUGUGCCCACUCAGCCACAACCCCGGGACCAAGGUGCAUGAAGACUACGACUGCACCCUGAACCAGACCAACAUCGGGAGUAACAACAACAAGUUCUACAUCAUCCAGCUGCUGGAAGAGGGUGACCGCUUCAUCUGCUGGAACCGCUGGGGCCGUGUGGGAGAGGUGGGCCAGUCGAAGCUCAGCCACUUCGUGUCACUGGAGGAUGCAAAGAAAGACUUUGAGAAGAAAUUUCGGGACAAGACUAAGAACAGCUGGGCAGAGAGGGAAUACUUUGUGGCCCACCCCGGCAAGUACACACUUAUUGAUGUACAGAGAGAGGACAAGGUCCAAGAAGCCGUGGUGAAGGUAGACGGAGGCCCAGUGAGGACUGUGGUUCAGCAGGUGCAGCCCUGCUCCCUGGAUGCAGCCACACAGAAGCUCAUCACCAACAUCUUCAGCAAGGACAUGUUCAAGAAUGCCAUGGCCCUCAUGAACCUCGAUGUGAAGAAGAUGCCCUUGGGAAAGUUGAGCAAGCAGCAGAUUGCCCGGGGCUUUGAGGCCUUGGAGGCGCUGGAGGUGGCCCUGAAAGCCCCUGCACACAGUGGCCUCAGCCUGGAGGAGCUGUCCUCCCACUUCUACACCGUCAUUCCCCACAACUUUGGCCGCAACCGGCCUCCGCCCAUCAAUUCCCCUGAGCUUCUGCAGGCCAAGAAGGACAUGCUGCUGGUGCUGGCGGACAUAGAGCUGGCCCAGACCCUGCAGGCAGCCCCCGAGGAGACAAAGAAAGUGGAGGAGGUGCCACACCCACUGGACCGAGAUUAUCAGCUUCUCAAGUGUCAGCUCCAACUGUUGGAUCCAGAGGCGCCUGAGUACAAGGUGAUAUACACCUACUUAGAACAGACUGGCAACAACUACAGGUGCCCUGCUCUCCAACAUGUUUGGAAAGUGAACCGAGGAGGGGAGGAAGAUCGGUUCCAGGCCCACUCCAAGCUGAGUAAUCGGAAGCUACUGUGGCAUGGCACCAACGUGGCUGUGGUGGCCGCCAUCCUCACCAGCGGGCUCCGCAUCAUGCCACAUUCUGGUGGCCGUGUUGGCAAGGGCAUCUACUUCGCCUCAGAGAACAGCAAGUCAGCUGGCUAUGUUACUGGCAUGUCCUGCGGGAACCAUCACAUUGGCUACAUGUUCCUGAGUGAGGUGGCACUGGGCAAAGAGCACCACAUCACCAUUGACGAGCCAGGAUUGAAGCAUCCACCCCCUGGCUUUGACAGUGUCAUUGCCCGAGGCCGCACAGAGCCUGAUCCAUCCCAGGACACUGAGCUGGAGCUGGAUGGCCAGCGAGUCGUGGUGCCCCAGGGCCGGCCCAUGACCUGCCCGGAGUUCAGCAGCUCCAACUUCUUCCAGAGCGAGUACCUCAUCUACCAGGAGAGCCAGUGCCGCCUACGCUACCUGCUGGAGAUUCGCCUCUGAGGUGUCCCAUCCCCAUCCCCACUCCCUGCCAGGCCAGGCCAGGCCAGGGCCCUGCUGGGAACUAGACCACCAUCCUCAAUCUUCCUCCCAUCCCUGGUGCCCCCACAUCACCCCUUCUUGCCCCCAAAUCUCCCUCCUAUAUUCUAGAUAGUGACUCCUCCCCUCUUAUCCUUGUUAGUCCUAGCAUGGCUGGGGUCUCCGUCUCACCUCCUAGGGGGACUGGUGUGAACUAAUGUUAUUUACUGGGACACUAGUAAAUGGUGUGAACUAAUGUUAUUUACUGUUCAAGGCUGUGUAGUUAGAGGGGUACAGGCUGAGAGUGGGCAUGUCCCACAUUCACCUGGGCUGACCACCCUGGCCCAGACUGUCCAUCCUAAAGAGGUAUGAUCACUGAGGUGGGCCAACCUUCAAGCAUGCACAGGCAAGUUCAUUAAACAUUGUAUUCACACACACACACCCCCCCCCCGGACUCUGAUUGUCUGUGCCACAGCUACAUCAGGUCUGGGUCUCCUAGCUCUCCACAGCAACCCACCACAGCCCCAUUACAGGGGGCAGCCACUCACAACGGGUUGACAUGGGUCAUAUAUGCACCCCCCCCAGGUCAAUCUACAUCCAUUACUGCAACAUUGAAUUUCAAAGCGGACCCUCCCCAUCAACUCAGGACUUUUAGUCAUGUGGGGACCCACUUGGUGAUUCUUUUCUUAAGCCCAGACUUGACAAAGCAAAUCAAGCAUUCCUCAUGUCUGGGCUCCAAAUACCAUAUAUGUCUUAUGGCUGAAUAUUAUAAAUGAGCUGAGAAUAUAUGUGAGGAGUGCAGCUCUGCUGUGGUGAAAGUAACGAUCGUUAUCACUCCAAGUAACCCUGUCCACUCAUGAGGGAUGCAGAUGCUAGAAAGCGGAUCAGGAUCCAGUGCAGGGUCACACCCUCCAUUUUGUUGUCAAGUCUCUUUUGUCUCCUUUAAGCUGAAGGCAUUCCUCAGCCUUUGCCCACCCCCUGUACAACUUUGACACUCCUGAAGGGUACAGCCAGUUGUUUUAUUUUGUUUAUUUGUUUUGUGUGUGUGUGUGUGCUUUUUAGGGCUGCAUCUGCAGCAUAAGGACAUUUCCAGGCUAGGGGUCAAAAUGGAGCUGCCUCUGUUUCCUAUACACCACAGCUCACGGCAACGCCGGAUCCUUAACCCACUGAGUGAGGCCGGGGAUCAAACCCACAUCUUCAUGGAUACUAGUCAGGUUCAUUCCAUCGAGCCACAACGGGAACUCCCAGGCCAGUUGUUUUAUAGAAGAGCUCUCAAUUCGGGUUUGUCUGAUGUUUUGCCAUUAUUAGAUUCAGGCAUCACAGUUUGGGCAGGAACAUUACAUGAAGGCUGUGUCCUCAGCGCACUGUGGCAGGAGGAACAUGUCCCAUUCUUGGUGAUGUUAACUUUGAUGUUUUAAGGUGGUGUGUCCCCUCCCCCCGGGUUUUUCCUCUGGAAAGUUACCAUUUCUCCCAUUAAUCCGUCAUCUGUGUGGGACUAUUUUGAGUAGUAAAUGUCCCCUUCCUCAUCAACUUUCACCCACUAGCUUUAACAUCCAACGAUGAUUUUUAGCAAAUCAAGUACUCAAAUCAAUUUUUGCUAAGAUGGUUGCAAAUGAUGGUAAUCAAAUUCCAUCAUUUCUUCUAGAUUUAUUAAUAGUCCCAGAGUUCCUGGUGUGGCUCAGAGGUAAUGAACCCCACUAGGAUCCAUGAGGAUUCAGAUUCGAUCCCUGGCCUCGCUCAGUGGGUUAAGGAUCUGGCAUUGCUGUGAGCUGUGGUGUAGGUUGCAGAAGCGGCUUGGAUCCUGCGUUGCUGUGGCUGUGGUGUAGACCAGUAGCUAUAGUUCUUAUUUGAACCCUAGCCUGAGAACUUCCAUAUACUGCAGAGUGGUCCUUUAAAAAACAAACAAAUUAAUAGUCCCCUUUCUUUCCUUAUUAGCAGUAUGGAUUUGUGGGUUCUUAUUUAAUGCAGUGGGUUAUAAUCCAGUACUGUUAUUAUUUUGAUCCUCUAAUUGUCACAGCCUUGGCCAGUAGAAGAUCCUUCAGGCUGACUCCUGUGUCUACAUCAUUUUGUAAGCACUUAUCUUCUAGCAUCCCAUGAUGUACCAAGCUCAUCUUGCACAAACCUAGAAUCAACUAUUUCUCCGAGGAGCCCUGGUUCCCUACAACAGGAAAUGGUAUUUAGAAUCCAAGAUCUGAGCAGUAGGUAUGCUCUUUGGUACUGGAGUUGUCAUGGCUUUUAAGUCCUGCUAGCAAAGAGGGCUAGGAAAUCUGUGUAUGUAAAUAAACACAUCUAUUUUUA